UUUAUAAUCAAUGCUAAAACAUAUGUUUAUUAAUGUGUUGAUAAAAAUUUUCCCGGCAAAUUUCAAGGCCACUAUAAAAAUUGUUUUACAACAACUGAACACCGGGAUCACUAAUCGAUGUAUUGUUCGUUGGACGCGUGUGGUCCUCACCAACAAAUACAUUUGUCCUGCCGUCAUCGUUACACGGAUUAUUGUUCUGCUUCAGAAAACACAGUCUUACGCUACAUUGUCACAUUUCACUUGGACAAUCAUGAAACUAGUGAUUCCAGAGAUCUCUUGGCACAAUCGUGACCCUGUACUCAGUGUUCACUUUCAACCGACCACUACUGAGGAAGGCUAUUACCGAUUAGCUUCUGGUGGCUCCGAUUCUCAUGUUUUCGUGUGGCGAAUCAAAGUAGAAGGCUCGAACGUUAAUGUUGAGUUUGCAGCAGAUUUAACCAAACAUCAAAAAGCAGUAAAUGUUGUACGUUUUUCACCUGACGGACAAUGGUUAGCUACCGGUGACGACGAAUCUGUUAUUGUCUUAUGGAAAUUCAAAUCCAUAAAUGGACCAGAGCAACGUCCAGAUUUGUUGGAAGACGAUGACUCAAAAAAUCUUGAGAAAUGGAUAUGCCAUUGUGUACUCCGAGGCCAUCUUGAAGAUGUUUAUGAUAUAUCAUGGUCACCGGAUUCUAAAAGACUUAUAUCUGGUGGUGUUGAUAACAAAGCAAUUAUUUGGGAUGUUGACAAGGGACAAUAUAAAGCUAUACUUAAUGAUCAUAAAGGAUUUGUACAAGGAGUUUCAUGGGAUCCCUUGAAUAAAUAUGCUGCUACAUUAAGUAGUGAUAGAACUCUAAGAGUGUUUAAUACUAAAACUUGUAAAUUAUUCAAUAAAUGUGACAAGUCAGUUCCAUUGGGGAAAAAAGGUGAUGGUGAAGAAAUCAAAAGUAGAUUGUUCCAUGAUGAUACCCUAAAGUCUUUUUUUCGGCGUCUGUCAUUUUCUCCUGAUGGUCAAAUUCUAGUGACCUCUUCUGGUAUCAAAGAAAUAUUUGAUGAGCAAAACAAAAAUAAAACUACUACUAAUGUCAGCUAUGUAUUUGCCAGAAAAUCGUUUACCAAACCUGUACUAUAUGUACCAUCUCUUGAUCAAUACUCAGUAGCAGUUAAAUUUUCACCAGUUUUGUUUGAACUAAAAGAAAAUACUAAAUCUGUAUUUGAUUUACCAUAUAGAAUGAUAUAUGCUAUUGCUACAAACUCAAGUAUUUUAUUAUUGGACACUCAACAUGCUGCUCCAUUUGCAUACAUUGGUGAUAUUCACUAUACCCGUUUAACAGACUUGUCAUGGUCUGCAGAUGGACUAUUACUCAUUGUGUCUUCAUCAGAUGGGUUUUGUUCAAUUAUAAGCUUUAGCAAAGAAGAAUUAGGCAAACCAUACAUGGAUAAAACAUUAUUAGUUAAUGCUAUGGAAAUGGAAGAAUCAUUCAUCCAAGAAGAUAAUGAAGAAGUUUUAAAUACCCCUGAUAAAUUAAUACAAAAGGAAGAAAAAAAUACUGUUGAUUUUUCUGAGCCUACAAAAAAAAGAGUACAGUUGGUCACACUUUCUAGCCCUAAAACAAAAAAAAAAUUACAGUAAUAAACAACAGCACUAUUAUUUGUUUUGAUAA